UCUCGGGGAUCCACCAUGGGGUGCUCAGGAUGUACGGUGGAUUUAUUUUCAAACAGUGGAAAAAGAGGUUUCUGCUUCUAACAGCUGAGGGCAGCCUCCUUGUGUGCCAUGAUGCCUCAUCUCCUCCUGACCAGCUGGUACUGUUGCAGAACAGUUGUGAGGCAAUUGUGGAAGGCAAGGAGAUCCUGGACCUGCCCAAAUUACCCUCUGGUGGAUGCAGGGAUUGCUGCUUCGCCCUGAUCCUUCCCCAGAAUAAAUACCUGCUGCUGCUGGCUGAAACCGCUGCAGACUGCAGUCAAUGGCUGAAUAUACUGAAAAAAGUGAAAAAGAGUCUCUCAUCACCUAUCAGUCCGUGUAGGCGUCAUCAGGUGCCACCACCACGCAUUAAACUCCAAGAUCUGGUGCCGGAGCAAAUCCUGGACAUAGAUCAACAAACUCCACCUGUCAGCAACACAGAGGCCCCCUCCCCAGGGCCUCUGACUUGUUCUUCCCCAAGGGAGAAAGGCAGAAAUUCUCCCCGUACAAAGUAUUACAAGGGAGGUGCACAGAAUUCAGCUGGGUGUCUGCGCCAUGGCACGAUCAGUAAUGCCGAGGCGGUGAGGGCGGUUUAUCUGCUGAUGGGAGGGGCUGCUGCUUCCUCUGCCAUGGGUUACCUAGGCACAUGCUCGCUCCCUAAUCUGGAAGCCAAAGCUCCUGACCUGCCACUCAACACGGAUUUCCCUGGCAUGGGAGCAACAGGAGCGUACAACACCGGCAGCCCUGCACUCGACUCCCCUCACUAUAACAGCUUUGACUUUGAAGUGGCAGACUCUGAUUUUGAUGCUUUUGAUUGUGGUGGAUUUACUUUCUAAUGAUGUGCUGCAUAGAGGCUAUGGAUACGGAUAGCUUUAAUGAUGCUGAAAAUGUACUUAAAAUGUCAUCAUGAUCAGUCAAAAUGACAUAACCAGAGGACGGCCUCCAAUAAAUAUGCUUUUUUAGGGGAAAAAAAGUUGCUAUGAAAUUCAGUCAAUACUUUAAAGGCAGAAUAAGUAGGAUUUAUCAUGAACACAACAACACAAAAUUCAAAGUUGGCCCCUCCUCCCUGGCUCAACUACAUCAGAAUCUUACAAUCGCCAGUGUGUGAAAGCCAACCCCACAUUCAUUCUCGUUUUGGAAAGAGGUUUCGUCCACUUGGCUAGAUUUGCAUCUUAUUCGGCCCUGCGAUCCACCAACUUUGGCAGCUUCCUCUUGGAAGUGUGCUUAGGAUCUGGCACCUGGUUGCUUUGUUUUUAUAUAGGUUGGGGCCCGGAAACGCUUUGAACACAUGCAACAGAAUACACUGCAGAUACAGACACCGCCAUAAACUUCUAGGUCACAAUGAUGAUUGAGAGGGAUUAUUUUUGUAUGAGUCGGUAAAUUGUUUUUUAAACCAUGCCUUUAAACCAAGCAGCAACCUCCAGUGCUGAAAAAUGAAUUGAACGAGGAAGUUUGAAAAACUGCAGUUCCUCAAAUGGUCACUUGAGGCUAAAUCUCCAUAGACCCGCACUUUAAAAUGCCCAACUUUCGGUUCCGUCUCAGGUCUCCAGAAGCCUAUGGGUGACGUCACAGAGACUACGUCCAUAUUUUAAACAGUCUAUGCUUUAAACCUGCAAUAACAGAUUUUUGGAGAAAGGUCUAUUUGCAGUCUUGCAGGCUACAUGACAACACAACACACCCCCUGAGAUAACUGAGUACCCAAACCACGAUCUUUAACCUAAAGCCCUAUUCUAGUAGUUUCCUAGUAUUUCCUGGGGACCUCUUGUAAUUGUACUCAUUUCAGAGGUCGUCUGUGAUCUCGCUCCUGUGCGAAUCUGCCUUGUUCGUAAUUUGUCAUGUAAAAAUUGCACUGCAAUUACAUACCAUUUUUUUCCAAUAAUCCUGAGGUCAUGUGAUUGUGAUUGACAGUGAAUUGGUUAAAGAUUUGCAAGAAUGCAUAAUAUGCAAUGUAUAUACUAAACUAAUACAAGCCAUGAAAGAAUGAUAUGUCACCUACACCAUGGAUAAUAAUGGGAGACAUUUCUAAUGUUGAAGUAUUCUUAUUGUAUAACCUUGAAUGGAUGAAAAUAGAUCUGCAUCAGAUUUCUCAUUUAGUUUCAGUUAACAUGUGUACAAAUUGACCUACUAUGGCUGCUCCAAAUCUCAGCAUCAUCCACUUUUGUGCAUGUACUGUGUUUCUUUCAAAUAUC